AUGUUUACUUCUCGACCUGAGGAAAGCGUUCCUGCUGACACACGCAGGAUUCUGCCGGUCCUCGCGCUUCUGUUCCUGUGCUCCUUCAUCGACCGCACAAAUGUGGGCAAUGCGAAGAUUUUGGGCCUCGAAGCGGAUCUGCACAUCACCGACCACCAGUAUGCUAUUGGGCUAUGUGUCUUCUAUGCCACCUAUAUUGCAAGUGAACUGCCAUCGAAUUUAGUUCUGAAGAAGGUGUCGCCGAAGAUCUGGCUACCGGCUCUCACAGCAGUCUGGGGUAUCCUCACAAUGUGCCUGGGCUUCGUGACUGGCUUCGCUUCGUUCGUGUCUGUACGCGCACUGCUUGGUGUUGCAGAGGGUGGUCUUUUGCCUGGCAUGGUCCUGUAUCUCUCCCAUUUCUACAAGCGAACUGAGCUUGCUCUGCGGAUCGGUAUCUUCUACACUGCCGCAUCGCUGUCUGGUGCUUUUGGUGGACUGCUCGCUCGGGGUCUCAACGCUAUCGGUCCAGCAGGCGGUCUCGAGGGCUGGAGAUGGAUCUUCAUCAUUGAGGGUAUUCUAACAUUCCUCGUUGGUAUCUCGUCCGCAGUUUUCCUGCCCAACUCGAUCGAGUCCGCCGGCUUCCUCUCAAUACGUGAGAAGCAAUGUGCCCGCAUUCGUUUGAACACUUCAUCAGUCCACGAGCCCUUCUCAUGGGCCGAAGUCCGUCGUGGUGUCUGCAACCUCCAGGUCUGGCUCAGCGCAACGGCCUACUUCUGCAUCCUGUGCGGCCUUUACUCUUUCGGUCUCUUCCUUCCAACAAUCGUGAAAGGCGGUUUCUCGACCGACCCCAACGAAGCACAGCUUUGGACCGUCAUCCCGUACGCUGUCGCCGCACUCUUCACCGUCGUCGCAGCCUUCCUAUCCGACCGUCUCGCCCUGCGCGGCCCAGUCAUGCUCGCCACGCUCCCCAUCGCCAUCGUCGGAUACGCCGUGAUCAGCGUGACGACAAACCCCAAAGUGCAAUACGGCAUGACCUUCCUCAUGGCCACAGGCAUGUACGCCUCUGUGCCUUGCAUCCUGUCCUGGAACUCCAACAACUCCGCGGGCCACUACAAACGCGCCACCACCACCGCCCUGCAGCUCGCCAUUGCCAACUCGGGAGGAUUCGUCGCCAGCUUCGUAUAUCCGAAGAAGCAGGGGCCGAAUUUCCACGAGAGCCAUCAGAUCAUGCUGGGCUUGCUGUGUGCGGCGUGGGUCCUGGUCGCCGCGAACGUUGCAUGGGUUGCGAAGCUCAACCGCGACAAGGCAAAUGGGAAGAAUGCGCAGUUCGAGGGCUGUGGGGAUGAUAGGGAUCCCGCGUUCAAGAUGGUGUUGUAG